AUGUCUGCCUCACCACCCCCUACAACCACUCCCGCUCAAUCGACCAAGAGACCUCUCGAGGACCCUUCAUCUCCUUCAGCACCUGACGAUCGCCCAGAAGCCAAACGACCGGCGCUCGAUAAAAUCGUAAAAGGCGAGGAAGACCAGAAGCCCGACGCUGGUACGGUCGAGCUCCCGGUUGUCAGCUCCACACCAGAUACGAAGGCACCUACAAACGGCGUAAAGUCACAAGGCGUUGAUGGACAAGGUGACACAGCGGUACCAGACGUUGCACCACAAUCGAUUGAGACUACGACUUCCUCAAACAGAGAGCACAGUGUCAGCUCGACACUUCCUCACGAUGAGAGUUCUUGGAUCCAUAUUCGAGCAGUAAUCACAAGCGCUGAAGCUGCCACGGUCAUUGGCAAGGGCGGCGAGAAUGUGUCUCUGAUUAGAAAAAUGUCUGGUGCUAAAUGCACAGUCAGCGAGUACCAGAAAGGCGCUGUUGAACGGAUAUUGACUGUCAGUGGAGUAGUAGAUGCUGCGGCCAAGGCAUUUGGUUUGAUCAUUCGCACGCUGAACAACGAAGAGCUUGAUAAAGCAUCUAGCGCUGAAUCACGAACCUACCCGCUCCGGCUGUUGAUUCCGCAUAUCUUGAUCGGAUCAAUCAUUGGUAAAGGUGGUAUGCGAAUUCGAGAGAUUCAAGAAGCAUCUGGUGCUCGUCUUAACGCCUCAGAUGCAUGCUUACCACUUUCCACCGAAAGAUCGCUUGUUGUCCUUGGUGUGGCAGAUGCGGUUCACAUCGCCACAUACUAUGUUGGCAGCACGCUCUUUGAACAAUUGUCAGAGCGAUUUGGUGGGCCAGCGGCCUCUGCAUAUGCGUCUCGAAGCGGUGGUCCAGCCGGUGUAGUUCCGGGCGGCAUGCAAGUCGUUCCAUAUGUCCCUCAACCAGCUGGAGGAAACUAUGGACAUCCAGACAAUCAUCGUGGUCGUAUGGACCGUGGUCAUCACGGUGGUCAUGGUAAUCAUACACCGGCGCAACAAUAUGGCCAGCCCUAUCAACAAGGCCCUCCACAACAGCAACAAACUCCGUUACCAGUUCAUUAUGGAGGUGGAGGUCCUGUCCAAGGCUAUGGUGGAGUCGGACCACAACAACCUCAAUUGGGAGGUCAGCCUGGUCCUCAAUCGCAUGCUGGUCCACCAGCGCAGCCAAUGCAAGGUUUGGUGCCAGGCCAGCCACUGACCCAACAAAUCUUCAUUCCAAACGACAUGGUUGGCGCUAUUAUCGGCAAGGGUGGACAGAAGAUCAACGAGAUCAGACAGCUCAGUGGAAGUGUCAUCAAGAUUAACGAGCCACAAGACAACAGCAACGAGAGACUAGUCACCAUAACAGGUACACAAGAAUGUAACCAGAUGGCACUUUACAUGCUAUAUUCACGGCUUGAGAGUGAAAAGCACCGAAUCUGA